CCAACCCGAGCUCACUACAUACACAGGCCGAUCACACAAGUGCGACUGCAAAGUUGCACCCCUUGAUAUUUGUUAGUACAGUUAGGACUUAGGAGGUAGUGAUCUUCCAGACAUGGCGAGCGCUCGUGGUGUGGCGGGGCUGCUCUGCUUCGCGCUCGUCGCCGCGGCGGCGAGCGCGGCGCAGUACCGGGUCGGCGAGCAGCGGGGGUGGAGCGUGCCCGGCGCCGGCGCCGAGCCGCUGAACUCGUGGGCGGCGCGCAUGCGGUUCGUCAUCGGCGACCAGCUCCUGUUCGUGUACCCCAAGGACACGGACUCGGUGCUGCUGGUGGACCAGGCGGCGUACAACGCCUGCAACACCACGACGUACGUGAGCAAGUUCCAGGGCGGCAGCACCGUCUUCACGCUCGACCGCUCCGGCCCCUUCUUCUUCAUCAGCGGCAACGAGGCCAGCUGCAAGGCCGAGCAGAAGCUCAUCGUCGUCGUGCUCUCCGUCGAGCACACGCCGCCGGGACUCCUGCCGCCGCCGCCGCCUCCUCAACCCUCCAUGCCGCCGUCGUCCGCGCCGCCCAUGCCCAGCCCGAUGUCGCCUCCUUCCAUGACACCGCCCAUGCCUAGCCCGAUGUCGCCUCCUUCUAUGACGCCGCCGUCGGCUACGCCGAUGCCGAGCCCGAUGUCACCCCCUUCCAUGACACCGCCGUCCGCCGCACCGAUGCCCAGCCCGAUGUCCCCUCCUUCCAUGACACCGCCGGCCGGCGCGCCGAUGCCCAGCCCGAUGUCUCCCCCUUCCAUGACACCACCGUCCGGCGCACCUAUGCCGAGCCCGUUGUCCCCUCCUUCCAUGACGCCACCGUCCGGCGCGCCGAUGCCGAGCCCGAUGUCCCCUCCUUCCAUGACACCGCCGUCCGGCGAACCGAUGCCUCCGACGGUUGCUCCCGUGGCAACCCCGGACUCGCCACCAUCACCGACAGGUCUAGCUCCGUCACCGGGAACACCUGGAGCUGGAGGCGGAUCAUCGCCGGGCACCCCUGGAUCCGACACGAACAGCCCGCCGGCGCCGGGUGCCGGCGGGGCGAGCGCGACCACGCCGGGAAGCGCGGCCGCUCCGGUGACGGCAGGGCUGAUCGGCACGCUUGCAGCAGGCAUCGGCUACGCCAUGCUAGCUAUCUGAGUGCUCUGUUCUUUUGUAUAGUGUGAAAAAUUGCAUGAUGCCGCUGAUACUCUGCAGAGGAUUUUUACCUUUGUACGUAGGAGUAUUUGUUUUCCGAUUGUGAAAUAAUAAUAAGAGAUACGUUUGAGCUCUUUA